AUGUUUUGUGUGUUAGAAGGGCGAACUAGUUCCCAGGUGGAGUUCCGAACAAGAGCAUCAAAUUCAUCGCAUAUGGUAGUACGCCAUUAUGGGUGUUUUUUAGCUUGUGUUACGGAGGUAGGCUCUAUAGGUUCGGGUAAGCAUUUGUUCAGCAGUGGAGUGGAUGCUGCAAAACUUCUAAAAGACGAAGAGGUCGUGCAAAAAUUUCGCAUUGAACAUGCAAAAGUCAUUGGAGGAGAUGCCCUAAAGGAGUCUCAUUUACCUUAUCUUCCCUACCUCCAAGCAUGUCUUAAAGAAACACUCAAAUUGCACCUUCCUGUCCCUUUUCUUAUGCCUCAUCGCGCGUUACAUAAGUGCAAGGUGAUGAAUUACACCAUUCCUAAGGACAGCAUUGUGCUGGUUAACAUUUGGGCAAUCGGAUGA